AUGAUGACCUCAACUUCAUCGGAGAAGUGGAAACCUAGCGCUGCCAAAUCUGGAUGUAGUCGUUCUACAUUUGUUGGAGAUAAGACGUUGGGUAGUACGAUUAGUUCCCGUCGUUUUGUGGAUUCUGCUGAAACUCUUUCUCCUUUUCCAGAUGGAGUUCGAGUUCCGAAAGUGCAACAUUACACUCCAAAUCCUUCGCUAAUGGAUACAAUAUCUUCAGUAACAAGUCGUGGGUACACUGAUCUCUUGUGUUCUUCAAGAAGUUUUGCUGGCUUUAAUUGUAAUGAUUUGUAUGAUUGCUCUGGUUCUUAUAAUAACGAUGUUUCAGAUCAUCCUAUUUACUUUGAGAGAAAUAGAACAGUUGAAAGUACCAGUUAUUGGACAGUAACUUACUUCUCAAGUGAUGGUGAAAAAGUUGGCAUGUCAAAGAUUAUCGCUCCACGUGGAAAACAUACUAACAGUUUUGAAAGUAUUGGUAAUGCUAUUAAAGAGAAUGCAAGUUUGUUGAACCUUGAUGUGCAGUAUAUUAUGUAUUUGGACAAGGAUUUUAAUAGCUAUGCUUUACUGACUCCUCAUAAUACUCAUAAUUGUGCAGGUUCUUUUCAUGUUGUGGUGAAGUCAGAUUUGGGAGGGAGUAUACAAAAUGAUGAGGUACCUCAUGAAGAAAGUGUAAGGGAAAGCAUUUCACCACCCAACAGUGAAUCAGAAAAAAAAGUGAAUGAGUCUGCAGGAAAAGCAAUGAAUCUUCUCUUUCGAGCACCUAAUGUACCUUCUCGCGUGCCAUUUCAUAUGAGUGUAAGUGAUUCAAAUUCAGCGACUAUUUCACUGGAAAAGGAAAGAAUGAUUCUAGAUGAGGAAAUAGCGGAACGUAAUACUAUAAUAUCUGAGGAGUUAAGUUUGCGUCUGAUACUUCAGGCAUCAGAGGGUGUUAGGAUGUAUUAUGGAAUGUCCAAAACUAAAGGAGGGAAGUCUAAACCAUCAGUGACUGAAAAUGUUGCAGUUGAAAAAACGAAAGAAAGUGAGAAUUCAUCCGUUACCCCAGAUGUUAUCACUACGAAUAAUAUGGAUAAUAAUAAUAUGGAUGAAAACUUCUCUUCUCCUUUUGAUGAUUUAUUUCCUGUUGUGACAUCCUUUCGUAUUAUUUUUGAAGGUGAUAAAUGGGGUGUUUUACUUACUACAGAGAGGUAUCGUCUAUGCGAAGCAAUUGCGCAAGAUAUUUCUUCUUGUCUGGAUAUUUCACGAGAAAACAUUAUCACAGAACGUGGCAGUAUAGGUGCACCUCUUUUAAUAUUAAAGGUACGACAUGAUGGUACUCGUACCUAUUCAGAUCUCCAAAGUGAGAUCAUUGAAUACGAAUUUCCUAACGUUCAUCAGUUGUAUGCGGCUAUUCAUUCUCAAUCUACUGCUACUGGAAGUCUGAAAAAUUGUGUACAAAGUAGCACUACUAAUGAUAAUAACAAAAAUAGUGAAGAAGAACAUAGAACUGAAACUUUAUGUACUUCUACAGAUUUUCCAUCUGUAGGUGAGAUAGAGAAUACUUGUUUGAUGAAAUCUGCAAAAAUGAUACCAGUAGCAUCUGACGAUAAUGGAACGAUGUACCUUUCGCUUACUCCAUAUGAGAAUGCCAAUCCCACGAAGCGGUGA